AUUGUUGUGAUUCAGUGCAAGUGAAAAGUAAAUAAACUGCGAAAAAUGUUAAUUAAUUUGCCAAAUUGAUCCUGCAAAUUGGCAAAUUAAAUCCCAACACCAAAGGGAAACGCUUCCAGGACAACGAAUCUACUGAAAGUCGCCUACAAAUAUGGCACUGACACCGGAUGAGUUGCGGGAGCGUAUUCCCCAGUGGUCACUCGAAUCAGAUGGACAACUGUUGCAGUAUAUGGUGCAAAUCUCAAAGAACCUCGAGGAAAAGUGCAAACAAACCCAGGACAAUUUGACCCGUCUGCUGCUGGAGGUUGACGAGAGCCAUAUUCGUUUCGCAAAUGCAUCGAACAGCUUUAAUGGCAUUCAGCAGUUGAAAUUCGUGGAGAACCGCGUCCAGGACGACGACGAAAGUUUUUACUCUGUUCGAGAGGAAGAGGAGGAAAAAGGCGAAAAAUUGCCAUACGGUGAAAUUUUCCACAUGGCCGUUGAGAAGUCUGUGGCAAACAUGUACAAAUCGUUCGAGAAGGUCACCGUCCAGCUGGAUAGCGAUAGCGAUAGUGACGACGAUGAUGAUGAUGAGGAGGCCGCAGCUAGGAAUACAGUCCUACGGGCGGUCCAGAAGUAUCCCUACAUUAAUAGACCGCUACCCUACAUAAUAGGCUCACAGGAAUGGAGGGAAAAAUGGCAUGCAGGUUUAAUUGAUUCCGACGAGGAAUCGGAUACCGAAACUAAGGAACAGUAUUCUGAUUCCAGUGAUAGUGAAAGAAUGUUUCCGUCGCAGACCAAUAGUAACCAUACGCCUUCAGAAUCGGAAGGAUCGGUUUGGGGUGUGCAUUCGGAUCCGCGAAAAAGGGCCCCUUCGAUUGAUCCCAGUAUGUCCGGAGACGAUGCUUUGUCCAUUCAUUCCAGUUCUAGUGUUGCUAGACCACCGGGUGCAAGGUCAUUGUUGAACAAUCCUCACAAAGUUCAGAUGUUGCCGGGAUUCAGACCGCCGUCGCUUUUCCCAGAUCAACCACCACCGGAUGAUACGAUGAGCGUGUCUUCUAGAAGCAAGGUGGCUAAUCUGUUUGAAGAAUCGGAUGAAGAGGAAUCUACUCCGACGCAUAGACCUACCAUGGUGACUGCAAAUACAAAUAAUCAGCCAACCUACUUCAGAGGGAAUCAACCGGAGAGGAAAACAAUUAAUUUGUUUACUGAUGAACCUCCCCCGAGCCAUGGAAGUCAUGCACCGACGCCUACGUCUUCAAUAAGUAGCAAUUCGCAAAAGAAACCUAUAAACUUGUUUAUCGAUAGCGAUGACGACGAUUCAUAUAACAACAAUCCUUCGUCUAAAAGUAAUAGCAUCUAUCAAAACGAACCCCCUGAGCUACCGGUUCCGGUAAAAAAGAACACUAAUAUUUUCGAUGACGAUGAAGAAGUUACCCCUAAAGCGAACCCAACGAUUUCCGGUAAACCAGUCGGGAACAUUUUCGAUAAGGUUAACAAUAAUCGUACUGAAGUGGAUGAGGUUGAGGAUGACUUGUUCGUGCCAGUGCAAAGAUCGAUCAACGGAGCAACCGAUGGAAGAACGGGCGUCCGGAGGGUUACAAAUCUCUUCGAUGACGACCCGCCGGAGGAUGAUUUUGAUAAGAUAUUUAAAGCAAAAGGAACUGAUCGAAAAAUACCCGGUGGAAAAUUAGUUCUACCGCCGGCUCCGAUAGGUGGGAAGCAGAGUGUUACCAAUACGACGAACUCCCAACAGCCUAAGGCUAAAUCAGUCCCAGUGGUUGCAGAACAGGUUGCCAAAAAGAAAAUAAAUCUGUUCGAUGAUGAUGAUGAUGAUGAUUCAAGUGAUAUAUUUUCGGCGAGAGUGGGAAGCAAUAGUUCGAAUGUCACUAAACCUAAGAUCAAUUUGUUCGACGAUGACGAUGAAGGAAAUUCGGCUCUUAUAGGUUCCAAAUUACCUCAAAUUGAUUCCAGACUCAGAAACGAUACUAACCAAGAACAGCAAAUUGGUGAAGCGGUGAAACCAAAAGAAGCCAUCGCAAACCAUGGCAAAAGUAUUCGAUCGGAGAAUAUCAAGAAAAAGUCAAUAUUCGAUUCGGAUUCCAACGAGGACGAUGAUGAUGAUGAUGAUUUUUUGUUCGGCGCAAAGCGUUCGGUUCCGAGUUUAGUAGAUAAGAAAGAACCAAAGCCACUUCCAAGGAAGGAGAAGGUGGCUUCGAGGAACAUUGCGCAGGAUCUGAAGGAUUCUUCAAGCGAACAGGUUUCCAAAGAAAAGCUGGAUAUUACAUUCGAUCUUCCUGGGAGCAACGGUCAUGAGGUUGAACCCAAACUAAACCAAGCGCAAGCCAGUAUUCGGUCGGAGAUCCUCAAGAAGAAAUCUAUUUUCGAUUCGGAAUCGGACGAAGUCGACGAAGACAUUUUUUUUGGGGGGAAACAUUCGGCCACCAAUGUGGUUGAGAAAAAGGACGUUCAUGUUCUGGAUCUCGUUGCACCAAAUGUGACAAAUCUGGAUAAUUUAACGAAUGCUAAUGAUACGUCAAAGGUUGCUGAUCUUCGGGAGGAACCUGUUAUCGAGAAAGUCAAAGGAGGUGUUGGUCUCGAGAAACCGCAAAUUCCUGAUGAGCCUCCAGAGGAUGAUGGAUGGGAAGAGCCUCCUCCAGAUGAUCACGGACAAAGAUAUCCAGAUGUGUCCAACGACAUAGAUUAUUAUUUAACAACCAACAGAAUUAAUGGAACUACUGAAACAUCCAGCUCCACGUUAUUGGUUCAGACGAAACAUGAUGAUCUGAUAGAAGAUAGCUUAAUGAAUGGAGAUUCUAAUGUAGGCAAUUCAGAUGAACCUUCGGAAAAUAUAAUCGUAAAACAGUCCAAUGAAGGUGGCCAUAACAGUUCCAAAGUAAAAACCAACGACGUCUCUUUGAACUCAGCUGACAUCUCACCCGGUUUGAAAGAGAAUAGUGAAGACAAACUGAAUGAUAAUUCCAAUAACAAGAGUGCCUUAAAUUUCAACUCUGUCGGCUUAUUUGACGAUAUCCCACCUCCAGACGAUGACUUCGAAGAGCCUCGUUCAUCGCUGGCGAUUGAUCAUACUGAUGAUGGUGGUUUCUUCAAUGUACCAGAUCCUGAAACUUCCAGUAAUGCUGCAGCCUCAUCCAAUACAAAUCACUAUCUCUUUAUGGAUGGUGAUGGCCCACCUCCUGAUGAUGAGGUUGACGAUGGUAAGGCUGUCCCGAAGGUGCAAGAACCGGCAUCUUUCAAAAGCAUAUCAUCUAUCAUAGAGGAACGGAAUAAGAAUGAAUCCAGUUACGAAGGUAUUCGAGAGAAACCGAAGGUCAAUAGACUUAGCGCCAAAGUUAACAUCAACGUAAAUGCACUUCUGCCAGGAGCCCGAAGACCUCAAUCCGCUGCUGUGGUGGAAAAGACUGCAAACGAACCCGUAGCAUCCAGUGUCGCAAUUCCUGAUAUUCCGAACGUUGAGGGUUCUGUGAGCACGACUGAACCGAAACCUAAGCUUCAACAAGAACCCGAAAUCGGAACGGCAAAGUUAACCAGUUUAAACAAAGGUCGUGCAAAAAUCCAAACGAAACGAAAACCCCCAUCUAGGCAAAACCGUAGAACAAAUUACGAGAAUAAUUUAGCAUCCGAAACGAAUGAAGAUUUCAACUACCCUCCGGCAGAGAAAAGUCCCAAAGAAGAGAUACGUGUUGUGGUAGGUUCUGAGCAAAAGGUCCAACAUGUAGAAGUGACCGCUGCGCAUGUUAAGAUCGAUCAAAUACUUAGCAGCGAACUGGCACAAAAGCUUUCGGAACCAAAACUUUUCGAAGACAGUGGUGAAGUUGAAGACAUCCUAUUUGGUGGCAGCGGUGGAACGAAAAGAUCAACCAAUUCUACAGUACCAAAGAAAUCCAUCUUACCAAUAGUGGAACCACCUUCAAGACCAUUGACGUCGGAGCAACCUGCACCGCCGAAACUCAACACAUCCACCAAACUAUUCAGCGAUGAAGAAUCGGAUGAUGGGGAUCUAUUUGGGACGAUUUCAAAACCUAUCCAGAAACCUCCUGCAAUGCAAACCACUGCCACUGCUAAACCCAUCAAACAACAGGAAGUUCAGCCAGGCAAGUCUGCUACGACGUCAACCCUCAAAAAGCAAUCCAUUUUUGAUGAUUCUGAUGAAGGUGAUGAUAUAUUCUCGAAACCACGAACAAAUGGAAAACCCCCAACCCCUAAACUAAACGUUAGACCUAGCAGUAGCGAAACAUCUAAAAAACCCACCAGUAAAAGUAAAAGCAUAUUUGGAUCCGAUGAGGAGAGUGACGGUGACGAUAUCUUCGGGGGAUCCAAACAGAUAGCUAAACCUCAAUUGAAAGUCAGUGAAGCGAAGAAGUCUGUGGUUGUUGCUGCCAGUACUAAAAGCCUGUUCGGGGAAGAUGACGACGACGAAGAUGAUGAUCUGUUUGGUUCUAAGAGCAAACCCGCACCGAAAUCUUCUUCAUCGCAACCAGCAACGAAAAAUACGGUCAAAAAUCCUAGCAAAUCGAACACCGUUGCGGCCGCCGCAGAAGAUGAUCCUCUAGCCGAUUUGCUGAAAUAGCGUAAAUUGCAUCCCCCGGGGUUGUAAGUACAUUGAUUAUAUGCCUACCUACCUUCCUACACAAUUCAAAUUGGAACAACACUCCACUAGCACUAACGCACGUGCGUGUAAAUAAUUAGUGGUUUCCUUAUAUUGCGCAUUGCGCACAUUAUCAGUGCGAUAAUAAGUGCGGAAACGCUAAUAAAAGUGUGGUUUAACGUUAAAUCGUGUGGGUGUCUUCGGUGCAUUUAGGCAACAAGACAUCGCCGCAGAGGACAACAAGACGAUACAACGUAAAAUCUCACUUUUGAUGAGUGCAGUCUCAACUGCAAAACACAAUAGGAUCUAUUCAUCUUUUGGCACUGAUUCCGAUUAAAAUUGCAAGAGUGCAGUUGAUUUCGAAUAAAUGGUAAAAAUCUAGUCAAAAUUCAUCAGCAGAUGGAGGGUUAAGUAUAUGAAGUUUAACAUGUACAUGAUUUCGUUUUCUCAAUUCGCUGGUAUAUUUUUGGAGUGUCAAAAGUUGCACACUUUAUUCGUAUCAUUCCGUUUUGUUCAAAGGGGUUGUUCGUAAACAACGUAGACAGUUUAAAGAGGGUUGACGUCUGUCUACGAUCCAUACAAAUUUGAAAAAAAAAGUAUGAACGACUGUCUACGCAUGGAAGGGAGGUAUAACAUAUCUUAAAAACUGUUUUCGUAGUUUAUGAACAGCCCCAAACUUGUAUUUUUCGUUGAUAUUAUCAGAGGUUUUUUUCUCAUUCGAAUAAAAUAAAAUAUUGGCUGUUUAUUUCUUGUUUCAAUCAAUUCGAAAGGACGUAAGGUAUAUCACUAUAGACUCAUUUUAUGACUUGCAUAUUAAAUUAGUAUUAACGAUUACAGAGCUAUAUUAGUAAUAUAUGAAAAUAUUACGAGCAAAAGGGUUAUUGUUAUAAAUUUGUAUGUAAUAUG